GACAGCAUGAGACGCUUGUUCAGCUUCAGCGCAGUGAAGUUUAGCAGCGUAUCGGCACAGAUCUUUCCGCCUGCUUUAAUUUGUCAGUCAGUUUCCCACCGAGCUGUUUUUAAUUCACUGUAUCUCUCGACAAAAUCCACGGAAGACAACAUGAACUUGGAUUUGAGUGACAUGAGAAAGAAAUAUAAAGGCGACGAGGAGUCUUUUGAAGAAGAUCAGCUCGUUUCUCUUGACCCUAUUAAGCAGUUUGGCGAGUGGUUUGAUCAAGCAACAAAGUGUCCUGAAAUUGGUGAGGCCAAUGCCAUGUGCCUUGCAACAGCAACCAACGACGGAAGACCUUCUGCUAGAAUGGUGCUGCUGAAAGGUUACAGUCACGAGGGCUUCCGCUUCUUCACAAACUAUGAAAGCCGUAAAGGUAAAGAACUGGAGAUAAAUCCCCAUGCUUGUCUUGUCUUUUACUGGGAACCACUGACCAGGCAGGUUCGUAUUGAAGGCACUGUUGAGAAAAUCACACGUCAGAAUUCUGCUGAGUAUUUUCAUUCGAGACCCAAGAGCAGUCAGAUUGGUGCAGUUGUCAGCCGGCAAAGCAGCGUGAUACCUGACAGACAGCACCUAAGAGAAAAGAAUGCUGAGUUGGAGGAGAAUUACAAGGACUCCGAGGUUCCCAUACCUGAUUACUGGGGUGGCUACAUCGUCAAGCCAUACCUGAUCGAGUUCUGGCAAGGCCAAACCAACCGACUGCAUGAUCGUAUUGUUUUCACAAGAGUCAAGGAGGGUGAGCCUGAACUUCAAGAGAUGCAGCAUCAGGCUGAGGGAGGUUGGGUUUACCACCGGUUAGCACCUUGAUAGCAAAGCAUUCUGAACAGGAAAGUUAACUCAAAUUCUAAAGGAAAUACAGUACAUUGGGAAGUUUGGUAAAACAUAGAUUUUGUGUUUUAAGUUAAGAUUUUUGUGAUUGACCAUUUUGCCUGUUAGAAAGUUGUACUACUGCAUUACCUGUUUUAGACAAAUUGUUGUUGUACCCAAAAAAAUAGUUUAAAUAUUAAGUCUGUAAUGUUUGGGUUUGUAUGUAUGUAUGUGUUACAACCUAGACAUCAUAAACUGUAACACAAACAAAAGCAGGAGACAUCAUGGUACAUUGAAUUAGAUUAAGUUUUUUUUCUGUCAAACGUUGAUAUGUAACUAUUUAUGCAGCAAAGCAAUUAUUUUCCAUAAUUAUAACAUAAAACUGAUCCAGCAUCACUGUAAUUUUCAAAGAACAGUAUGAAAACAGCUUUGGUUUGUUAUUGUGCUAAUUUGCACAUCCGUAUUGCAAAAAAGAAUAUGGUUAUGACAAUACACUCUGCUGCUGUAUUGAGUAAUAUUCAGUGUAGAUCAUUGCAUCAUUUCAAGUUAAAAUACAAUUUGCAAGUUGAAAUACAAAAAGGUGAUGAGUCAGACAGAGCUACUGGUUUUUCCUUUCACUUGCCCUCAGUACUACGCUAAGUGCCCUCAGAUAUUGCCAAGCAGUUAGUUAGCCAGUAGAUGGCACUGCUCAAGCAAACACUCAACAGUUAGCCCCAUGUGCAGUUUAUUGUACAGUUAGAACAGUGUAUCAUCUCGCUGUUGUGUCUGUCUUGUUUUUUUUAUUAUUAUUAUUAUUAGGGUCAUUAGAUAAAACAGUAGGCAAAUAAUAAGCAACACCAGCACCAAAAUAGAUCUGUUGUAUUUAAACAUAGAAUAUUUGCCCUUCGUUAAUGUCCUGGUGCAUUAAACACUAAAAAUGA